AUGGCAAUGGUUCAAGCUACCAAAAAUCGAAUACCAGCGGAUGACUUCCCAAGUAAAGUUCCGAAGAAGUAUCUUGUGGAUUACAAUGAUAUUAUUGAUGGAAAGCUUGAUAACAAUCAUUUGGUUGAUUUUAAUUUCUUCUUAACUUUAGUUACCUUCGCAUCUUUUGUAAACAAAGUCAUAAAAGGAAAAGAUAAUUUGAGGCUAUUGAUUGAGUUACGUGACCAAAAUGAUGUCAAGUUGAUGUGUACUCUUUGUGGCUGUUAUGAUAAACAAGUAUACGAUUACAGUAUGUUAAACAUGUCCAUAAUGAUUAUUUGUCUUAUCAGGUUCUGUCUAUUAAAGACUCGUGCUAUUAUAGGUGCUUACUCCGUAUUUAGCGGGUAUAAUUCAACUCAUAUUAUGCUCAACCCAACACUGGAUUUAAUUGAUAAUUUUAAAGUAAGUCUCCCUAAUGAUUCACUUGCUCUUACAAACACCGAUAGUAGCCAAUGGUUUGUUGGUAGUGCUACAUCUGUUCGUGCUAGGUUUUUUGUGACUAAUGAGAGGCUAACCAUAAAAGAGAUCAUUGAUAGUGAUCUGUUCCAUUCUUAUUAA